CCACUAUGUCUGACGUGGGCAAAGCAAGAUAAGAUGGUCCCUCACUUUCAUAUUCGCCAGGCUACGGCAGAUGAUGUGGACACCAUCUUGAAACUAAUCAUUGGAUUGGCGACGUAUGAAAAUGAACCCUUGUCCACGGUCGAGACAACUCCUGACCUGUUAAGGGAAAACAUCUUCGAGAAGCAUUAUGCUCACACACUCCUGGCGUUCGAGGGGACGCCAGAAGCACCCGGGGCACCCCUUGGGAUGGCCCUCUAUUUCUUCAACUACUCUACCUGGACAGGAAGACCGGGGUUGUACCUCGAAGACCUCUUUGUCAUUCCGGAGGCAAGGAAUGUUGGCAUUGGAAAAGCCUUUUUUGCUGAGCUAGGAAAAGUGGCUCAAGCCAAGAAUUGUGCACGGCUUGAUUGGUCUGUGCUUACGUGGAAUGAACCAUCCAUUGCGUUCUAUGAAAAGGUCCUGGGUGCCAAGCGCAUGGACGGGUGGAUGGGAAUGCGGCUUGAUGAACGAGGCAUUGCAGAACUUGAAAAAUUUUCAACCCGCAACGAGUAAACCCGUUGCCUGCCGUUACCAUUGCCUUGUUUCUGGUUCAAUUCAAACAGUGGAUCUAAACAUUAGCGAAAAACACGAUAGGACCCGAAAGACAUCCUCAUUGCAUUAGAAAGAAAAAAAGACCAACCCGCCAUGAGGUAUUGCGGUUGGUAGUGGGUACAACGCGGUGCAAGACUUAUAUUACCCUGGAUCGGGAGGUGUAUCAGUGGAGUGCACUAUAUUCCGUCGUAACUGGCGCCACCGGC